CGCGCGGGCUGCGGGAAGAUGCGCGCGGGCUCCGGCGCGUGGCUGUGGCUGGCGCGGUUCGUGCCCUUCGCGCUCCUGGGCGCGCUCCGGGCACACCCAGGGGACCUUCCCGAAGGGGCCAGCUGCAAGACGGCCUUCACGGCGCCCGAUUACACGGCUUUCGUCUCCCCAAACCUUCUGGAAGGAGAGAAGCUGCUCAAAGUGCAUUUCAGUAGCUGCUCGGGUGCCAGCGGCAUGCAGUAUGAGACCAGCAAUGUGGACUUCAAGGUCAGGGACGACGGGACGGUCUUCGCCACACGGGCCAUGCGGGUCCCCUCUGCACCAGUGGUUUUCACGGUGACGGCCUGGGAUGCACAGACAGCAGAACACUGGGACACGAUGGUGCGGCUGCUAGUGGCCACUCCCUCGACAACGGUGCACUCCGGGCACAGGUCCCCAAGAGCAAAGAAGCUGCCAGCUGGUGUCGCCCAGCCGCCUGGGGACACUCUGCUGCCCUGGCCCCCCCAACACAGCCCCAGUGGACUCCGGCGACAGAAGCGGGACUGGGUCAUCCCCCCCAUCAACGUGCCCGAGAAUUCACGGGGACCCUUCCCUCAACAGUUGGUGCGGAUCCGGUCAGACAAGGACAACGACAUCCCCAUCCGCUACAGUGUCACAGGUGUGGGCGCCGACCAGCCACCCAUGGAGGUCUUUAGUAUCGACUCCAUGUCUGGCCGCAUGUAUGUGACAAGGCCCAUGGACCGCGAGGAGCGUGCAUCCUACCAUCUCAGAGCCCAUGCGGUGGACAUGAACGGUAACAAGGUGGAGAACCCCAUUGACCUCUAUAUCUACGUCAUUGACAUGAACGACAACCGGCCAGACUUCCUCAGCCCCGUCUACAAUGGUUCCGUGAAUGAGGGCUCCAAGCCAGGCACCUACGUGAUGACAGUCACGGCCAACGAUGCAGACGACGCGACCACAGCCAACGGGAUGGUGCGGUACCGCAUCGUGACCCAGAGCCCGCAGAGCCCGUCCCAGAACAUGUUCACCAUCAACAGUGAGACCGGGGACAUUGUGACCGUGGCCGCCGGCCUGGACCGCGAGAAAGUUCAGCAGUACACAGUCGUCAUCCAGGCCACAGACAUGGAGGGAAACCUGAACUACGGUCUCUCCAACACCGCCACGGCCAUCAUCUCCGUGACCGACGUCAACGACAACCCGCCCGAGUUCACAGCCAGCACGUAUGCUGGAGAAGUCCCCGAGAACCGCGUGGAGACUAUAGUGGCCAACCUGACCGUGAUGGACCGGGACCAGCCGCACUCACCCAACUGGAACGCCGUGUACCGCAUCAUCAGUGGGGAUCCCGCCGGCCACUUCAGCGUCCGCACCGACCCCGUCACCAAUGAGGGCUUGGUCACCGUGGCGAAGGCUGUGGACUAUGAGCUGAACCGUGCGUUCAUGCUGACAGUGAUGGUGUCCAAUCAGGCGCCCCUAGCCAGCGGCAUCCAGAUGUCCUUCCAGUCCACAGCGGGAGUCACCAUCUCUGUGCUGGACAUCAACGAGGCGCCGUCAUUCCCAUCCAACCACAAGCUGGUCCGCCUGGAGGAGGGCGCACGCCCGGGCACGGUGCUCACCACCUUCUCUGCCGUGGACCCUGACCGCUUCCUGCAGCAGGCCGUAAGGUACUCCAAACUGUCGGACCCAGCCGGCUGGCUGCACAUCAACACGACCAAUGGGCAGGUGACCACGGCCUCCAUCCUGGACCGCGAGUCCCUCUACGUCACAGACAACGUCUACGAAGCCACUUUCCUCGCAGCUGACAACGGAGUCCCCCCGGCCAGUGGCACCGGGACCCUCCAAAUCUAUCUCAUCGACAUCAAUGACAAUGCCCCAGAGCUGCUGCCCAAGGAGGCCCAGGUGUGUGAGAAGCCAGGCCUGAGCUCCGUCAACAUCACCGCGGCCGACGCUGACAUGGACCCCAACGUCGGGCCCUACGUUUUCGAGCUGCCCUUUGUCCCGGCCACCGUGCGCAGGAACUGGACCGUCACCCGCCUGAACGGUGACUCAGCCCAGCUGCGCCUGCGCGCACUCUUCCUGGAGGCUGGCGUGUACGACGUGCCCAUCGCUGUCACUGACUCCGGGAACCCCCCACUGUCCAACACGUCCGUCAUCAAGGUCAAGGUGUGCCCAUGCGACGACAAUGGGGACUGCACGUCGGCGGGGGCCGUGGCCGCGGCAGGGCUGGGCACCGGGGCCAUCGUGGCCAUCCUCCUGUGCAUCGUCAUCCUGCUCGUCCUGGUGCUAAUGUUCGUGGCCUGGAUAAAGCGACGGGAGAAGGAGCGUCACACGAAGCAGCUGCUCAUCGACCCCGAGGACGACGUGCGUGACAACAUCCUCAAGUAUGAUGAGGAGGGCGGCGGCGAAGAGGACCAGGACUAUGACCUCAGCCAACUACAGCAGCCGGAGGCCGUGGAGCAUGUACUGAGCAAGGGCCCCGGGGUGCGGCGCGUGGACGAGAGGCCAGUGGGCGCAGAGCCUCAGUACCCUGCCCGGCCUGUGGUGCCCCAUCCAGGAGACAUCGGAGACUUCAUCAGUGAGGGCCUGCGGGCAGCUGACAACGACCCGACGGCGCCUCCCUACGACUCGCUGCUGGUGUUCGACUACGAAGGCAGCGGCUCCACUGCCGGCUCUGUCAGCUCUCUGGACUCGUCCAGCUCUGGGGACCAGGACUACGACUACCUGAGCGAGUGGGGGCCUCGCUUCAAGAAGCUGGCAGACAUGUACGGGGGCGGCGAGGACUAGACGCUCAAGCGCCGGCCAGAUGGACCGACGGACGGGCAACUUGGGCCGCGCUGCCUGGAGCACGAGGCGCGGCCUGACCCAGAUCCCAGAGCCCAAGCGCCGUCUCUGAGCAACGAAAGUGCCUUUGGCGCACGCGUCCGACCCUCAAACUCAGGAGAGACUGCUGGGGGGCCCAGCCCAUGCCCCCCUUGAGCCAGCUGAGGGCAGGCAGGGCGAGGCAGGUCAGGGCACACACGUCUCGGGGCUCUCAGGCCAGGAGAAAGUGGGGGGUCUUGACUAUGCCCAGAAGAAAUGGUGGCCAGGGUCUGCGCUGCUAAUGGUAGACGAGGGACCCUCAGGGCUCUCUGGUCCUCCCCCCUCCGCCAUGGCCACCCCAGCCCAGCCCAGCUCCCCAGGGCAGGCCUGAAGCCUCUAGCACAGACUGUCCCCACAGAGCCCCCCCAAUAGGGCCAAAUUGCUCCCCAGACUGAGACACAGGACCCCUGCUCUCUCCAGCUGGGUGCUGGGAGAGCGGCCCAAGUCUUCCUCUGGCACUGCCUCCCUGGGACCCCAGGUCUUCCUCUGCUCCCUCCUGCCCCUUGUAGGGGCAACAUUGGUGUGAUCAGGGUCAGACAAAGAAGCUCUCACAGGAGCUGUGUCCCAGCACCCCAAGACUGACAGCUGUUGCUAGGCACCCAUGACCACCAUGGCUUCAGGAGAGGCGGGUGGGAUGGGUCCCAGGGGGAUGGGGCGAGUGAGGUCUGUAGAGGAUGGGACCGGUCCUCUGUUCUCUGAAGCUCUAACAUAGCUGUGCAUCAGGGGAACUCUGACCCCCAUCUCCGCCCUUGGGCUAGAGAUGGCCCAGCUUAGCCCAUGUGGGCACCAGAGUGAGGGGCGCAGGAGUGUGGGAUGGGGAGCACACUCACUUCUGCCGCAGAGCUCUUCCUAUAAGUUUCAGCGAAUCAGGUGGACAGUUGAGGCAGAUCCCAUGGGACCCCCCCAGUUCCUCUCACUGGGUCCCCUGAAGAAGGUCAAACCUGCCCAGGCCUGAACUCUGGUGUUCCCUAGGCCUGCCUACUCCAUGUCCCUGCCUGGCCUUGCCCCCCCAGGGCUGCCAUUAGGGUGGGUACCCAGGGAACCCCCAGAAGGCACAGAAAAAGGAUAUCCCAUGGAGCCUGGGCCUGCCUCAGUCUCCAUCCUGGGCAGUUGUGGGCAAUACUAAGCCUCCCCCUGGACGUGCCCACGUUUAGGGGCUGGGUCAGUGCUGGAUGGUACCAGGAGCUCCAUGCCCUGCAGCCCCCACAAGUCCCCAUCAUACCCUAGUGGGUCUCCAAGCCUGGACCCAAUGAAUUAAGUCUCUCCAAGGAAAGGGCCGGGCGCCCAGUCCAGAAUCACUGUGGUGUUCAGGCCCGGGUACGAGCAACACCGGUUUCUUCCCUCCUGUUGUCGUUCGCUGAGUUCAUUUCUGCAUGUCUGUUUGGAACUGGACACGCUGUGGCAGCUCGCAUGUACGUGGUUGUCCUGGGAUGGUUCUGGAAAAUGAUGCAUUUGUGCUGCCACGCAGCCACACGCACACACACGGUCCCACCUUUUUUGUAAUCGUCAACAGCACAACUAUUUUGUAUUGUUGUUUGUAUCAUUUUGUAUCAAAAAAAAGAAAAAAAGAAAAAAAAAGGGCAAAGCAGGCAACAGUGUCCGCACGUCCUCGGUGCCCAAUUGGUCCUGGCGGGAGCGGCUCAGAGCGAGCACCCAACUCGGCCUAAAUAAAGGUCCCCAUUCGAAUCCAA